AUGAUGCACUCGACCUCUAGCCAGUGGCUUCAACCACUAUCACAUAGCUCCACUCCUAGAUUUCCCACGUCUACUUUGCCUUUCAAUCAUUUACACCAGACUUUGCCUCCACAAUCUAGUUCCAGUGUUAUACUAACUUCCCAACUUAAUUCAUCUCAACCUCUGUUUCCCUUGUCAAAUACGUCCACUUUUGAAUCUCAGUCGGGAACAUUCCUAUCAGAUAUGAAUUCAGAAGCCCAGUCUCUCGACCCGUUAGCUGCUAAUUAUUAUGGAUUCAGUCAUGAUUUGGUUAGUGGUAUUGGCUCACCUGGUAACCUAUGGUAUAACCCUUCAACGCCAGUUGCUCCGAUGACAGGUUCGAUACAGAGGGAUUGUAAUGUAAAUGUUGACUGCUCGAGUGCAUUGGGUCGUAAUGAAGACCCUGUACAGAUGAUUCCACCGUCCACCUCAUCGUCCUCAAAGGCCAUUACUCCACAGCUCUACGAUUCUAUGCUUGGUAUUAAAGAGGCAAAUAGCUCUACUGUCAGUGAGAAUAAUAUUUGUCCUCGGUUGUCCACUCAUACAACUCCACCGCCAAACCUUCUUAGUGGAGGAAAUUAUAACUGUCCAACAAUAGCACCAUUAUCAAGAAGUCGGUCAGAUAUAGAGUCAAUUAUGAGAACAGAUCAUUUACGUGAUAGUCAUGAUUCAUGUAUUUACACCAAUUUAAAUGUUCCAGUUGGAAAUACUGGAUCAUCUAUGUCAGCUUUGUGUGGAAGUGAUGAUACUGGUACACGUCGAGGAUUAGAAGCAGCUGUUGCUAGUGGUGGUGAUGAUGCAGCUAACCGUGAUGUGAAAUCUUUACGUUAUCCAUCGAACGACUCGCUUGGUGUCUCGUCUGCUAUUUUCGAUCCAUACUACGCAAUGGAUCCAGCUUGUGAUGGGAAUACAGUUCCUGGUGCUUGGUCAAGUUCAGCUAACGUUAUUAAUCCAGGUUGCGUCACUGGUUCUGCCCGUGCACCGAAUUUCGCUUCACAUGUUCCUGAUGACAACAGUGUUUGUCAUUUGACGUCGGAAUUGACCUCCGUUUCAGUUUACCCCAAUCCUAAUUCUUCUAUUCAUCCUGAGCCUAGUCAUUCGGCACAUGUAAAUAUGGGAAUGAAUUAUUCUGGUGCCGGUAACUUGUAUGCAUCACCUUCAUUACGAUCAUGCCCUAUGGUUGGAUUGCCUGAAUCCUCUAUACAACAUCCAUGCAAUAUACCUCAAUCUUCUCAUCCUUUGGAACCCAAUCCACCAUAUUCCAUAGGAGAAUUCACAAUGCACCAACAUUCUGACGUAACCCCACCAUCUGGUCUUAUGAACAAAAACGUCUAUGACCAACGUUCACUUGCAAAUCUCAACGCACAUAGUGCAACUCCUAAUAACAAUUACCAAAGUGAUAUAAUGAGUUGCAAUCGUGAAAGCAUGAUGACGUUACCAGGAUCUGCAGCAGACGAAAUGAGUUUCAACACUCGUUCAUCUAAUAUCAGUUUAACACAUUCCUCUACACCAACCUUAUCUGCAAGCACAUCUGCAACUCAUGGUUGUAGUCGAGGUACAAGAGGUGGUCGUGUAG